CUCGAAUCACUCUCAGCUGCUUCACGCUGCUCUUGAAGUCAAUUCGGAAUACUUACAUCCAUAACCGGCAGAACCACCACGAAGCCUGCAGCGUGCAUGCAUGCCACACACAACGGCCACCAUUCGCUGUCCAAACAAUGACAUAGAUGUCUUCCGGUACACUGGCGUGUAUCGUGGUCAAAACGGUUAUUGACAGCGACCAAGAGCAUGAUUCUGGAGUGCCGCGCUCUAGUUCUUUUCUGUUGGGAAGGCCUCCGCACGCAGGCCGCAGGUUUCGGAUCGAUUGAAUCUCGCGCGUCUUGAAGCGCCUAAUCAAGACAAUGCACGCGAUAUAAACGGCAAGCACUGAGACGCAAGGGCGACAUCGCCAUCGGUGGCACAUACGACUACCAUUAUUGGGAUUGCUUGGCCCAUCUGCGAGUGCGAAUCUAGUGCGACAACGUGACGAGGAUGACUCGUGGAAUAGGCUAUCGCUUGUGUCCUAAUGGUGUGCAGCACUGGGUCCCUAAUGAACUUGAGCGUCGGCUCCGAAAACGGCUCGGGAGGGUCGGAUACCCGUGGUAUUUCUCUUGAUUCGGCUUCACGAUCCAUGAGACAUCGUUCCUCCAAAAUCGAGUCGGAAUGGUAUAAAAUGCAUGCUGAAAGGCGAGAAAAAGAGC